GCCUUGUGCGGUUGAACCUCCUCACACACGGACCUACACUGUGCACCUUUCCAACCAAAGAGAUCGACGGACUCCCGCAAGGCCUUUUCUUUGUCCCGUUGGUCUCUAGCGAUCAUCCUGUACGGAGAAGAAUAGAAAAUAGCUCAGUAGGAUUCCGUACCCAUUCGCAGUAUGGCAUCGCGGCGGGACGAACGUUCGUCCCUCCCACUGCUCGAUCAGCAUCGCAACGACUGUUUAAAGCUACUGCUCGGCGAUUUGUGCUUUUGGGAAGACCCUCGUGGCGAAUUCCGAGGUGAAGACCGGAUGGUAUACGCCCACAAGCGGCAGCCCUGCAGUGAUGCCGGAACAAGUCCGCUGCCGACGGAGCCCCGGAGAAUGGAUCUCCAACGUACCCAGAGUGCGGAAAUUAGCCCUCCACCGGCGGCACCGCAUUCCUGGAAACCGGCCAUUGAUCCUCAAUCCGGACGUACCUACUACUACGAUGCGGUAUCUCGAAAGUCUCAAUGGGAAAAGCCCGCCGAAAUCCGUGCGGAUGAAAAAAGGGCACGCCGCGAGCAACGCCAACGUGACAAACGGUUCUUUAAAGACAUGGAGGCGAAUGUGCGGGCAAGCUUGGCACGGAACGAACUUAUUCCUGGAAUAUGCGCACUCGACAUUGCCAAAGAGGGACCGCCGCUCGAACCGUUGCCGUUGCUACCGCCCCAAUUGCGCGUCCGUACAAUAUCGGCCAUGGAUGAGCGUAUGCUUAUUGAACUCAACAGCCCGUCCAACAUGGACUGCGAAAAUCCGGCAACCAAUUACAGUGUUGCUCGGACGACAACCUCCAAUCUAGGCCUUCCGAACGAAGGUCGACCCCCGCUGCCCCAACGUCCUUCUGUCGUGCUGAAUCGAGAAAAUUCGUCCGAUAUUUCGCGGGCAUUCGAAUCAAUGGAGUCACUUACACUAUCUCCGGAUGCAAGGGACGAUUCGUUGCAAGGAGAACACUUGCUGGACGGUCCGAUUUUGGAUGAAGCAGACGAUCCGGAAGGUCUGGCUGUGCCACAGCAAGUGUGUGCCGGUGCCACUGCUCAUGUGCGACGAAACACGGGUAACACUAUCUAUUUACAAGCCACCAUGACCAAUCCAAAUAUUCAAGCCACCAUACAGUGUGUUUGUGGUGUAUAUCGGGCACACAUUGUUUCGUCCACCAAACGAACCGAGCGUUCUCCAGUGGCCGUACACGCCAUGCAAGUCAAUAUGGACGUCUUCCAAGAUCUAUCUUGUCGGGCCCAUGACGACGCAGCAUCGGUUCCAACCUUGACGGAACUGGAAAGUUUUUACCAGGACUUUUUCAAGCGAUCGCAAAUGGAACACGAUACGAUCAUUAUGAGUUUGAUUUACGUAGAACGACUCAUCAAAGAUACGAACGGACACCUGUGUCCGUCGUCGACUAAUUGGAAGUCGGUGUUAUUUAGUUGCAUGAUAUUGGCGAGCAAAGUAUGGGAUGAUCUGUCCAUGUGGAAUAUUGAUUUUUCCAACGUGAGCGCCGCUUCUGGUCUUUCUUCGUUCUCACUUCAACGAAUCAACGACUUGGAGAUUGCCGUCCUGCACUGCUUGAACUUUAACGUGCGAGUCCCAGCGUCCGAAUACGCCAAGUACUACUUUUUGAUCCGCACCAUGCUCAUACGUAGUGGUUUGCUGGAAGACAGCCAACUUCCGCUGGGCAGGGACUCUGCCGAAGUUUUGGAACGUCGUACAAAUCUGUAUCAAGAUUCUAAGCUCCACUUGCAUCGUGGGCAGAACAGGCGUGCACGGAGUGUUGACUGGAAUUGGAUUCAGCAGACGGAUUCACUGAACCCCACCACCAAUGAAUUUGCGACCGUCGGGCCCGUUCUAAAAGACCAGAUUUGCUUGGAGCAAAUCGUCUCCAUGGAUCGCACGACUUUUUAG